CACUUUGUUUCUUUCUUCUCUUUUUUCCUAUACUCUGUGAACUUGCGGUGCGUCGAUAGGUCUUUUUAUUUUUUCGUUGUAAUAAAUUAAUAAAAACUCAACAAAAAUGGCUAAAAUGGCAUUUCAGCACCAGGCCGGUACGGCCAUGGAGUGUUUAAGUAUUCCCAUUACGUUGCACAAGGAGAAAGAUUAUGACCAAGAGGGAAGAGAAAUUUUGAAAUGUGGCUUUAAAAUUGGUGGAGGUAUAGAUCAGGAUUACAAGAAAAGUCCACAGGGCUAUACGGAUUAUGGUAUUUAUGUUACUGAGGUCCAUGAUGGCAGUCCUGCAGCUAGGGCUGGGCUACGUAUUCACGAUAAAAUAUUACAAUGCAAUGGCUAUGAUUUUACCAUGGUCACUCACAAGAAAGCCGUUAGUUACAUACGCAAACAUCCUGUCUUAAAUAUGCUGGUGGCACGUAAAGGUGUUACCUCUACAUAAAAUGCAUCCAAUGGUCUAUGAACAACGAAUUGAAUAAUAUCAGUUGUCCAUCCUAAAGCAAUUAUACGAAUCUAUUCACUUUAUUUUUUCCUCUUUACAGAGGUGACUUGAUUGAUCUCUUUCAAAUCGCCUUGCCUUUGUUGAUUAAACUCCAAACAACUUUCAGGAUCUCUAACUUACCGUGCUCUCUAUGAUUUUAUUACCAAGAUUUUAUGGUAUCAUAUCUUCUCCAAUACUCUUUAAUGACCCGUAAAUUAUUUUUUUCAUUCGUUUUCAUUUUCAUCGUAAAAUAAUAAGCCAAUAAUAUAUAAGACGUGGCCAAAUUUAAUGGAAACUAAGGGUACUUAUUGCUAUACACAAACAAAAAAACUAUCUAUUCACUAAGCCCCCAAACUGGUAUAAUGCAUUUAUUUACAAAAGUAGUAUUAUAGAAAAUAAAAUUGUAUUCUCCAAAUCAUUUCAUUCCAUUAGAGAACAUUUGUAAUCAGCAAUUACGUUUUGUAAGACAUUCAAAACAUCUAUUUGUGUUAUUUUCCAUGUGGUAUUUUGCAAAGUUUAAUAAUUAGAAAAUAAUUGUUCAUUAUGUUUUUGAUUGUAAUCACAUCAGUAUGAGACCUUUUUCACGUAUUGCUUUACUACCAUCGCCCAUAGCUGCAUACAUUUACAAAAUAGUAUUUUAUGUGAUAAACAAAUAUAAGAAUAUGUUUUUAACAAUAAACAAAAUAGAUAUUUAUAUAAUAUUAAUUUUAAGAAGUUUUUUUGUUUGUUUUACAACUAUUUACCGUAAUUAAUUCUUUUCAAUAAUAAAAAGGAAUUUAUUUGCACAUAUGUA